ACACUUUUUUAGAUUUUACAACAACUGUGGAAAUGGAGUCUCCAUUCAAGGUUGAUAUAGUGAAAGGUAAAGUAGCUUUGAUUACUGAAGGAGGAUCAAGAAUUGGGUUUGAGAUUACUAACGAAUUUGGUAAACAUGGUGCUUCUGUUGCUAUCAUGGGCAGACGCAAAUCUGUUCUUCAUUAUGCCGUCUCUUCUCUUCGCUCCCUCGGUAUCCAAGCAAUUGCGUUUGUAGGAGAUGUUGGUAAGAACGAAGAUGCAACCAGAGUUGUCGAUGCAACUUUUGCACAUUUUGGGAGGAUUGGCAUUCUUGUUAAUGUUGCGGCCGGAAAUUUUCUUGUGCCUGCUGAGAAUUUAUCCCCUAAUGGCUUCAAAACAGUUAUGGACAUUGAUACUGUUGGCACAUUUAGAAUGUGCCAUGAAGCUCUGAAAUAUAUAAAGAAACGAGGUCUAGGAAGGGAAACAUCUGGCGGUGGAACCAUUCUGAACAUAAGCGUCACUUUACAUUAUUCGGCAACUUGGUAUCAAAUCCAUGUAUGUGAAGCUAAGAUCCCAACAAUGAAAAACAACCAAUCUGGAGCCCCCAUGCAUCGGUUUAUAUCAGGAGAGAAGUGGGAUAUUGCUAUCGCUGCUCUUUACCUAGCUUCAGAUGCAGCUAAACACAUCAAUGGAACAAUACUAGUGGUCGAUGGAGGAGACUUGUUCAACCGGGCCUCCCAUGUUUCAAAAGAGGCAGUAAAGGAAAUGUCUCGAAGUGUGGAGAAGAGAUCAAGAUCUGGUGCACUAGCCCCUGAAAGUGGAGUUCCAACCCGCAGUAAAAUGUAGUAGUAAGUGACAACAAAAACCCAUCACUGAUGAAUUUAAGUACCUU